GCGCGCGCGCGCGCGCGUAUGUGUGUGUGUGUGUGUGUGUGUGUGUGUGUGUGUGUGUGUGUGUGUGUGAGAGAGAGAGAGAGAGAGAGUAGAAAAGGAGGUCGAGUAGGGGGGAGCGCGGUAACGGAGGGCUGCAGGGCAGUGAGUAAGGUUUGUCAAUCAUGCCAGUACAAAAUGGGCGUGAAGGAAAAGCUCCCAGCUUUGUCGACAGGCUGUUUCCCGGUCGGCCUGCGGGGGAAGGUGGAAAAGUGCGCGGCCCUUCUAUCGGCGGCAUCGGGAGCAGCCCCAGUUCCUCAGUGAGCUCAUGUCGAACAGGAUCAAACGCCAAUGCCAUUUCGGCAAAUCCCCGGUCUUCUGUGGGAACCAAACUGCCGGUGGAAACGGGGGCUCGCGGUGCUAACCGAGCAAACGGGGGACCGACUCCCCAGACUACCUCUUCUGCGUCCGGCGCUGAAAGACGUCGUCUCACAGGUGGAAAGGCUGUCACAAACGGAGCGGGAGCAAGGACAACUAUCACAAGUACAGGAGUGGUGGGUAGCAGCCAAGAGAGACCUGGAGAAGUAGCACUAUCUAAUGUGUCGCACUUGUUGCGUGAGCAGAUGAGCCUGUCUGGAAGGGCAGACCAGGAGUUGAUGGAUUGGUCUGUCAGACGGUUGACUAAUAGCCAGGAUCAUUUGAAGACAGUUGUGCAUGCAUCAAAGCUUCCGGUUGGGGCUAUGUCAAGAGAAGGGGAUGACAGUGCAAAUGAGCCCUCGAAGUCGAUGACGGAUGGGGCAGCGCAUUCAGAGAUGAGCACUGUGCAUCCAGUAGGAAUGGUGAUGGACAGCAGCCAGCUGAGACCGCUUUCGCCUUCGUCGUCAGCGACAUGUGAACAGCCAAGGGGAGAGAACUGCCAUGACGGAGAAAGCGUCUUUUCGUUUAAUCCUGUCGAGGAAAUGCACGGUGACGGAGAAGUGGAACAACCAGUAGCUCCGCCAGGCAAUGUAAACGUACAAAAGACUGAUAGGAACAGAGGACACGAACGGGGAGAGGGGGAUAUCCUGGGUGAGAGAGGUGGUGGCGAUCAGCUCGUCGUGGAGUUGCAGGAGGGUGUACCCGUAGUAGCAGGAGAAGGACAACAUCACGAAGGAAUGGUGGUUGAUGCACAGCUGUACCCAGAAGAUCUGUUGUCCGACGAUGGCCUGUUGGUUCGACAGAGUGCAACUCUCAGUCCAGAUAUAGAUCAAGGCAGACAAAGUGGUGCCGCGCUUCAACUUCCACAGGGGGGAGGACAGAGGGGUGGUGCUCCACUAACCCAGGAUUGCACUGGAAACCUCAAGGCUGAGGGGUUUUAUGUGCGGGAGAGUGUUACGGAGCUGAAUCCCGAGGGCAAAGACGACAGACAAUGUGUCGGACAGAGGAGAGGCACGAUUCAGGCCCUCCAGAGCCAUGGAGCCGACAAUUGCAAGCAUGGUGUUGAAACGGUUUGCGACAAUGAUGGCGGUCAGCGGAGCUGUAGCAGCAGCUGCUCUGGGCUAGAUAUCGAAACUGCCUCGGGCCCAAUUGACGCACAGGGCACUGGUGUGGCACUACGUCUUCCCGAGGCGGGAUGUUCCGAUACCAGGAAUGACGAUUCAUCAAACUCCUGUUUAAUUGACACUCAGUAUACCGAAGAAAACAUGCGGACCUGUGGUAAUGAAGCCGACACGGCGGGCGGGGGCAGCUACUCUAACUCAGACAGGGAUUUCCGGACCCUUGGGGAGGCUACACGGAUUUCUAAGCCGAUGAUAUUCGAGCUUGCAUCUGCUUUGCAAGAGGGCAACUUGAAAGCUGCGUUAUCGACGAUCGAAGCAGCGAGGAAAGAGGUCGUGUCCGCAGACAACGUGCCACCGCAAGAACUUGUCGUUCUAGACGAAAGCAUGAAAGCGCUGUCGAGGGAGCUCUUCCUGAAGUUGUAUGGCCUGGAACAAGGGAAUGCAUAUGGACGUGCACCUCGACCAAAUCCUGUGGUAAGCCCUUUCCUUGCCACCAGAAGCUUGGCGUUUGUCUGCAUGUUCGCCAUGGCAGUUGUCACCUGGGUCUUCAGCUCUCAGGACGACCUCAAUGUCCAUCUUCUCCCAACAUAAGACCCUUCACCAAUCUUCGAAGCCAAACAGAAAAAAGGGUUUCAAGUUAUAGCAUGGAAGUGGCGCUUCUUUUCUUGCUUGCUGGCAUUCUGUGUCGACGAUGUUGGCUUCCUCCCCAUACUUCUGUCCCGUCCCAUCUUGGGUUCACCACCGGCUUUUUUUCGUAAAGUCUACAAGUUGCAGGGGUAAUGACGACACCUGUGUACUACCAACAUAAGAUUUCUAUUCUCGGUGGAGCGUUGGAGCGAGAAGGGGUUGGAACGGGAGUGGAUUUUCUUUCUCGCCAGGUAAUGACGACACCUGCGUACUACCAACAUACGAUUUCUAUUCUCAGUGGAGCGUUGGAGCGAGAAGGGGUCGGAAUGGGAGUGGAUUUUCUUUCUCGCCAGCAUUCUUCGCUGCCGAUAUCGAUUUCUUUCCGAGGAUUCCGUGCUGCCAAUAUCGCGCUGUUUCGCAUUUUGGACUCGAAGCAUGCAUGCAUGCUGUUCGAAGUGUGUCCCGUUUUGUCUCUCAAGCCGGGUCCUGUUCCAGUUACCGCGGUAACGACAAGGAACGACUUUUGUGCCUAAAGAUUGCAGGUUCAAACUUUCGGUGUUCGAACACUUUGGCCGUGGGAGGGGCAAAGGCAAAGCUAGGAGGGCAUCGGAAUCGCCGACCUAUCAAACGCCAACGACGAGAACAGCAACGACUGCAGGGGCCGCACGUCAGCAAGAUGUCAAACUGUGACAGCUCUGGUGGAGGCCAAACAAACAAAAAAAAAAAAAAAAAAAAAAAAAAAAAAAAAGGUUCCCUUGAAGAUUGCAUGAGACCUUUUUAAGUAAAAAGGAAGUCGCAUUUCUCUUGCAAGGACUGUGUAAAUUAUCCAAUCGCUGCUGAGACUGGCGCAACUUCCUAGUAAGCAUUAUUUUAUCAACAGAUUUCAACAAAGGCUUUGCCAUCACAGGAGGAUCAGGUUCAAAAAAAAAAAGGGGGGGGGGGGAAAGGGUUCAGGUUCCCCCCCCCCCCCCUUUUUUCUGAAAUUGAACCCUGUGAAGGCAAAGACUUUGUUGAAAUCUGUUGAUAAAAUAAUGCUUGCGAGGAAGUUGCGCCAGUCUCAGCAGCGAUUGGAUAAUUUACACAGUCCUUGCAAGAAAGGGACGCUGGACCCGGUUUCCAGCAGGUGAUGCUCCCCACCAAUAGAUGGAGCGGCCCAGGCAAAGCCUCAAUCCCGGUGGUUCUCUUACCACCACCAGGAUAGAGGCCUUGCACAUGGGGCCUUAAAAAAAAAAAGAAAAAGGGUUCCGGUUUCUUGAGUCGCCGAAGCUUCUUCACUGGCAAUUAACGACAGCGAUCAUUUUUUGAACAAGUGGUGGAUCGUGCAGAUGGCGCCAUGGUGGUGCAGAAGGAGAACCGUCUAUAGCCCAACCGGAGCGAGGCAGCCCCAGAGACGUGAACAGGGGUACAAUUCAUACGACCAUACAAGCGAUUUGAGGGAGUAUGCAGUGGGGGCCAUAGGAGUGGGGGUGAAAUUCAGAAAUUCUUUUGAAAAUUCGAAAAGAGACGUACGGAUUUACGGAAUGCGUGACUCGCGCUGAUUUGUAACUCUAACCCUGAAUUCCCCUCAACAUGUUAUUCCUUUCUUUUUUUUUCUUUUUUUUUCAAACAUGUUAUGCCUUUCUCUUUUAGGCAAUGUGGUGUUGAUCAUUCUUUAUACAAUUGCAGUGCUUUGAUGAGCCUUCCAUUUUAGGAAACUUGAGGAAAGAAAAGAGGGUGUUACAAAUUUUACAUAUAUCCUGUCUUGGUCCCAAUUCUCCCCGUUCAGUUUCGACUUGAACACAGACCGGAGGAGGGAUCAUUCUCGCAGCACGGAGCAUUGCCAAAUAAGAUGGCAAGCUUUCGGCAGAGCGACACUGA